AUGGGUGGUCGCAGAGGUAAGAGUAAGGAACCAAUAUCGUGGUCUGAUGAGAACAAACAUGCAUUUAUCGGUAUUCCUUACGAAAAUGUGAAAUUGGGGAUUUUGCAAUGUUCUACAUUCAUGAAAGACGAUUGGGGCAAGAUCAAUCAAUCCAUGAUUACUCUCACAAAAAUGGAUUAUGACAAAGAUAGAUUAAAGGGGAAAUGGAACCGUUUACGUAAGAUACAUUGCUUGUUCUCUGAACUUUUAGGACAUACAGGUGUUACAUGGGAUCCAAAUACCAACAAAGUUAAUGCUCCAGAGGAAGUUUGGCAACACUUUUAUAUGAUUAACAAGUCCGAGUACAAAAUAUUCGAGAAGGAAGGAUGUAAGCACUAUGAAACUCUUGGAGAGAUAUUUGGCAGGACUAUAACUACUGGAGGAUUAGGCAAUGCUUCCACUCAGCUUCCUCCAAAAUCAGAGGAAGAAAGGCAGUUAGAAGAUGAUUUUUUGAAUAAAAGAAUUUAUGUACGUGUGGAGAAUGCUGAUGAAGUUACAAAUACUCGUCAACGUGAAGAAAUUGGUGAAUCUAGCGAAUGUUGA